CACUCUUUUAUGACGUCACUUCCGAAAUCCCCUGCGUGUAUUUUUUUAUCUGUGAUUGCCAGUUCUUUGUCAAAGAAAACUGGUAAAUUAUGCAAUUACAGCGCUAUCUUUGACUUUGUCGGCUACACAUAGAACUUAACCACACUCCGAUCUUGGUUCCUAACGAAAACAAAGAGCAGGAUCAUGUCUGCAGAUCUGGACUUGUCUCCGCCUGAAGUUCCAGAGCCCACCUUCCUCGAGAGCAUCCUACGAUAUGGACUCUUUUUGGGUGCAAUCUUCCAACUCAUCUGCAUCCUUGCCAUCAUCGUUCCGACUUCCAAAGGACACGAACAGGAGGAGCCAGAAUCCACCAACGGGAAGGCUGCUGAUCAAACGAAGAAGCCUAAAGGAGCAGCACCUCCGAUUCGGCAGAAACCCAAGAAAGAAAGCAAAAAGAAGCGAUAGCAUAGCAUUCCUGAGAGGAAAUGUUUACUUCAGCUCCAUCUUACCAUGACACCAGACCACUACAAUGACAAUGAACCUGGGAUUCCUCUGUUGUUUUUAAACGCAUGUUUCAAACUAUUCCAGUUGUGAUGUUUUGUGUCCAUCUUUGUUGCUUUAAAAUGUGUCAGUGUUUCAAUA